CCACAAACACUGUAUAGUUAUGAAUUGGUUUUGCUAGCAAUGGCGGAAGCCGAACCAGAAGGUCGCACACGCACUCGUUGUCCAUUUGCUUCAACCACUUGCAGCACUCUUGUUGUGCAUAUGUCUCUGCUCUGUGUCUAUGAUGGUGGUGGUGGUGGUGGCGGCGGUGGCGCCGGCGGUGUCGAUCGUGGCUGUUUUCGUCGUUGUUGUGGUGGUCCCCGUCAUGUUCAUGGUCGUGAUCGUGGUCAUUGUGAUCACGGUCAUGGUCAUGUUCAUUGUCAUGGUUACGGUCAUGGUCAUCGUGAUUGUGAUCACGGUCAUGGUCGUGGUCAUCAUCAUGGUCGUGAUCGUGGUCAUCGUCAUCAUCAUGGUCGUGAUCGUGGUCGUCAUCGUCAUGAUCGUGGUCGUGGUCAUCGUCAUCAUCGUGGUCGUCGUCAUGGUCAUGGUCGUGGUCAUGAUCAUGGUCAUGGUCAUGGUCACGGUCGUGGUGGUCAUGGUCAGGAGGCGGGGGAGCGAUGGGAGGAGGAGGUGGGGUAA